AGUCACGAACAAAGAUGGCGACCACCGAAACAGCGAGGGAGAAAGCGUUGGUCAACUACAGGAAAAAACUGUUAGAACACAGAGAACUUGAUGCCCGACUAAAAGAGAUGAGAGAACAACUGAAAGACUUAAGCAAGGAGUAUGACAAAUCUGAAAAUGAUUUAAAGGCUCUGCAAAGUGUUGGACAGAUUGUUGGGGAAGUUCUAAGGCAGCUUACUGAAGAAAAAUUUAUUGUGAAGGCAACUAAUGGUCCACGUUAUGUUGUGGGUUGUCGGAGACAGGUGGAUAAAAAGAAGCUUAAGCAAGGUACAAGAGUUGCUCUGGACAUGACAACUCUUACAAUCAUGAGGUAUCUUCCACGAGAAGUUGAUCCUCUUGUUUACAACAUGUCCCACGAAGAUCCUGGAAACAUUUCUUACUCAGAGGUUGGAGGACUAAGUGAACAGAUCAGGGAACUGAGAGAGGUUAUAGAACUUCCCCUGACAAACCCGGAAUUGUUUCAGCGAGUUGGAAUCAGUCCACCUAAAGGAUGCCUUCUGUUUGGUCCUCCAGGAACUGGAAAAACACUCCUUGCAAGAGCUGUGGCCAGCCAGUUGGACGCAAACUUUCUCAAGGUUGUGUCCAGUGCAAUUGUUGACAAAUAUAUUGGAGAAAGUGCAAGGCUCAUUAGAGAGAUGUUUGGUUAUGCCAGGGAUCACGAACCUUGUAUUAUUUUUAUGGAUGAAAUUGAUGCCAUAGGUGGACGGCGUUUCUCUGAGGGCACAUCUGCUGACAGAGAAAUACAAAGGACACUCAUGGAGCUUUUAAAUCAAAUGGAUGGUUUUGAUGCUCUGGGGCAGGUGAAAAUCAUUAUGGCAACGAACCGCCCAGAUACCCUCGACCCAGCUCUCCUCAGACCCGGCCGUCUCGAUCGGAAGAUAGAAAUUCCGCUGCCGAAUGAACAAGCUCGUAUGGAUAUCCUAAAGAUCCAUUCAGCAAAGAUAACUAAGCAUGGAGAGAUUGACUACGAAGCAGUUGUGAAGUUGUCUGACGGAUUCAACGGCGCUGACUUGAGAAACGUGUGCACCGAAGCAGGUAUGUUCGCUAUUCGCGCUGAGAGAGACUAUGUCAUCGAGGAGGACUUUAUGAAAGCUGCACGUAAAGUCUCCGACAAUAAGAAGCUGGAGUCUAAACUGGAUUACAAACCUGUUUGAUGCAGAGUAGACGUAGACUUCAGAAAUCUUUGCUCUUUCAGUAUGUUGUCGAAGUCCUAAAUUUUCCUUCAAUAAAUCUAGGUAUAGUGCCUGAGUGAAAUAUGAGAA